CGUCGUGCUGAGAUGACGCGUUCGUUCGUCGGUUAACAACCACACCAUUUGGUCCCUCUCUGUCGUCGUGGAUGUACCGAGUCGGUCAGUGAAUUGUGUGAAGAAGGAAGAAAGGAUUAGGGAAGUGUUGCUUCUGGCUGGAUGCCAAGUAGUGGGUGUGCAGUGUGAGUCCUCCACAGUUACGGAAAGGUCCCGGGAGACCGGAUGAAGUUCAAGUAGGAAAUCCUGCUGCCGGUCAGGCGAGGUCCAGCGGAAACAGUGCGAUUUUUGUGUGGAGUUUCGGGAGGGGAAAAAGUUGAGAUGAUGUGCUGUAUCAGUAAAAGUGAAUAAUUGGCCAUUCGAGUCCUAGAAAUUAAAUAUUCAACACAUCCAAAAUCGUGCAAAUAAACCAAAACGAACUGAGUGAAACCCGUGAAAUUUGGCAUUGAAAAAAGAAUCCUAGCAGCGCUACCGAGAACGAAAGAUAAACCAAGUGAAAGGGAUAAAUGCGAUAAAUAAAUAAGUGCCAGCCCCAUUCAGCGUUUCUGCUGGGACCCCUAACAAACCUCCCCCGUCCCAGCUUUCUCGUGAGUGUCGUGCCGUGUUUUGUACCAGAGGAAAAAAAAAAUCCCGAAAAAACGGUUCCCCGAGAUCCCGAGGGAGAUUUAUAAUUGAAUAAGCGUGAAAUCCGAUUGUGGGGAUUGCGGAGUGUGUUUCAAACCCCGGAAAAGCAAAGAAGAAAGCGGCGCCGAAGUCCCAUAUGUGCAGCUGAGCGGAUUUCCGCCCCCGAAAGAGCGGAGUAACUAAGCCGGUUUGAUGGUUAACUGAAUAAUUGAUAUUCUAACCGCACUAACAAUCUAGUUAACAACAGUGACAAAUAACAAACUUUUAAUCGACCUAAUGUGUUCAUAGAGUUCUUAAACUAACCCAAUAUCUACCAUCGACCGAAAUCCCAUAAUGUACUCCACGAUGACUCCAACAUGUCCCCGAGGCGACCUUCGAUCGGAUCCAACGUCAUCCGGUCGGAAACUGUGAGCGCGUAAUCGAAGGCGAAGCAGCACAACCAACAGCGGUGGCAGGUCCCGAUAGCCUCCCACCGAGCCCCCCGAACUGUGUCCUAAGCUAUGCAGUUGAUGACGCUGAACUCGCUACUCAUGUUCGACAUAGUGUUUAUCUUUUUCCUGUUUUUGGUGGGCGUGACGUGUCUGGUGUAUUACCUGCCGCCGCCAGCCCUCAGUACGCUCCGUUCGACCGGAAAAGGUCCCAACGGGUCCCAGACGCUGACCACCACAUGCGGAACGACGACCACCUGCACCGGAGAAACGGUUCGCUUCCGGCGGUACAGCGUCGGAUCGCUGCUCAGUGCCAGUGACGUAUCGGUGGGGAACCACCGGUUUCACAGUCCACUCACAGCCGACGAGGACCUGGUGGCCGACUGCGGUGGCCUAGAAGAGAUCUUAAGUCUGAGAGGAGGAUCGCCGAUCCUGGUGGCGGCCAGUCCACCACCGCCUCCACCGGCACCGUUCUGCUCGUGCUGCUGCGUCGAACACCACCAACAGCGGGAGCUGCAGCUGCUGCAGCAGCAUCUGGUCGAAAAUCCCCACGAUCUGGCACCACUGGUGCACGGAGUGGAAGUGGAUCCAGCGUCGACGGCGGCGGCGGCGGCAGUGGCUUCGGCGAUUGCCGGUGUAGACUACGUGCAGAUCGAGAUCGAGAGGACGGCUACGGAUCCGGUGCCACCCUGUUGCUACGUCCGUGCCAAAGACGUAGACGUUCGGGAGUGUCACGGACCGAUUCAUGAUGUGUAGAGGUGAGUAUGCGGGUUUAAUUCGUGAAU